AUGGGCGAUUCGCAAAGCACUGUUGAAGACCCUAGUCUGUAUCAAGACAUGGAUGGUUCACUCAUUGCUCCUCUCGAAGAACCAUCCAUUUACGAGAUGGACAGGGAAGCGAUACGGGAAAUGAGGAUAAAGUGCUUGGAAAGGGGGCACCUGAUGACUUUAAUAAUGUUGUUAGAUGCGGACACAUUGCUGGUAGUGAGUCCUGAGGGGCUUGCCAACGUUCUGUGCGAGGAGCAAAAUGCUGAGGUAGACAUACGUGCCUUUCGUUGGAUGGAGUAUAUCGACCCUGACACGGAGGGAGAGAUAUAUAGCGCGGAGAAAAAGUCCUGCUACAUGGUGGAAUAUCUAACAAAGAUAUCCCAUCGGCUUCAAAGCUUGCAAGAGGAUGUAGGAGGAAUAAAGGAAACAUGGACAAAGGAAACACGAAUGAAUGUAGCGAUCUUGCCGACAGGAGGACUCACUGAAGCGAGGAAUGCUGCAACUUGUGUCUCCAUCAAUCAAAUGCUCUGCCAACAGAUGAAAAGCAUAAGCAGUCUUGAAAACGACAUUAGCAGCACCAUGAAACAUCUGCGAGAACUAGAGCAUCAGCUUGAUGGUUGGAAAAAGGAUGUGGUAGAGAUGCGGGAUCAGAUACGGAGAGCGUCUCGGGGAUUUAGCGCGAAAAAGAGAGCGAGGUGGGCAAAUGACGAUGCAGUGAGAUGGACCGGAGGGAAAUCCAAAAGACAGAAGACGCUUGAUAAAGUAGAGGAGCUAAUGUGA